AUGACUACCACCGUAGAAGAAUGGAUGGGAAACCUCUGCGUCUAUGAAGACGAUGAGUUUGUUCGCCACAGAAACUGGGGCUUUACUAUUUACCGUACGGGCUACGGACCUUCAUCUGACCAGCAAUGGCACCGACUUCUCCAGACGAUACAGACCAAUGCGCACGAAGGGGCUCUAGACGCGACUGGAACCGAGGAAGACGAUCCUGGCUUCCAACAAUUAUGGUCGUUUUUUAGUCUCGAUGCGCGUUCCGACCCUGCUCUGGCUGGCCUCGAUAUGAAUCAGCUUCGCGAACUAUACAACAGUGGCGAGGGUGCUCAACCAAUGAAUACGGACUACAAACUACACCGAAUAUUCCUUUUUGCUGAUGAUGAGGUCCUAUCGGACCCCACCGCUUCCAUCAUCAAGGCUGUGGAUGCCGACUACCGUCCAGAAGACUAUGUU